AGACCAACUUGAUGACAAGUAUAUAUAUAUUGGAGAAGAAAUGGUAGGGAAAUUAUUACCACUUUAUGAUGUAACCUACUUUAGCUCAAUUUCAGUAUUUCACCAAAUCAACGCAGUUUUGAAUAGGGGACUAGGAGGGCUCAACACUUAUUGGGCCGAUAAAUGGGCAUAAUGAUAGGUAACUCCAGGCUUUUCCCAAACGUUUUAGGCUAUUAAGAGAGGGUAGAAGGAAGAGAGAGAGAGAGAGAAACAGUGUCGUUUUGAGACAAUGAGUAGGAAAAUGGGAUCGAACGCAGGCAGCUCCGGCGAGAACAGUUCUCCGAAUCCAUUGAGGAACCCAUUUCAGAAAAGUGGGAAUCAGGCGGUGUACGAGGUGAUUGAGACGAAGAACGCGUGCGUGAUGAGAGCUGACUUACCUGGGUGUCUCGAGUCAGACCUCACCUACUGGGUCGACACCGUCGGCGGCAACAACGUCCACUUCUUCGCCGACGAACCAGCCAUGCCCGAGUACGAAAGCGCGGGACGCAAGUACGGAGGCUCCAUGGUGGUCAACCCAGAG